GAUGGCGGAGAAGGCUCUGGAGGCGGGCGGCUCCGGGCCGGGGCCCGUGGCGGUGGCCGUGGGCUUAGAGGAAGGGGCGGUGCGGGCCGUGGCCCCCGCGGACCCCCCUCUGCUGACCACGCACCUGAAGAAGGUGGAGAACCACAUCACCGAGGCCCAGCGCUUCUCCCACCUGCCCAAACGCUCGGCCGUGGACGUGGAGUUCGUGGAGCUCAGCUAUUCCGUGCGCGAAGGGCCCUGCUGGCGCAAGAGGGGGUACAAGACCCUGCUCAAGUGUCUGUCCGGCAAGUUCUCCCGCAGGGAGCUCAUCGGCAUCAUGGGCCCCUCCGGCGCCGGCAAGUCCACCUUCAUGAACAUCCUCGCGGGGUACAGGGAGUCGGGCAUGAAGGGGCAGAUCCUGGUGAACGGGAGGCCCCGGGAACUGCGCACCUUCCGCAAGAUGUCUUGUUACAUCAUGCAGGACGACAUGCUGCUUCCCCAUCUCACCGUGCUCGAGGCCAUGAUGGUCUCCGCCAACCUGAAGCUGAAUGAAAAACUGGAGGUCAAGAAGGAGCUGGUGACGGAGAUCCUGACGGCGCUGGGCCUGCUGGAUUGUUCGCGCACACGCACUGGGUUGCUCUCCGGAGGGCAGCGCAAGCGCCUGGCCAUCGCCCUGGAGCUGGUCAACAACCCCCCCGUCAUGUUCUUCGACGAGCCCACCAGUGGCCUGGACAGCGCCUCCUGCUUCCAGGUGGUGUCCCUCAUGAAGUCUCUGGCCCAGGGGGGCCGCACCAUCAUCUGCACCAUCCACCAGCCCAGCGCCAAGCUCUUCGAGAUGUUCGACAAGCUCUACAUCCUGAGCCAAGGCCAGUGCAUCUUCAAAGGGGUGGUCACCAACCUGAUCCCCUACCUGAAAGGGCUGGGCCUACACUGCCCCACCUACCACAACCCCGCCGAUUUCAUCAUCGAGGUGGCAUCGGGCGAGUACGGCGACUUGAAUCCCCUGCUCUUCCGGGCAGUACAGAAUGGACUGUGCACCAUGGCGGAGAAGAAGGGCAGCCCAGGGCAUGGGGACACCAACACCCCCUGCCCCCCGCGCCCCACGGAAGUGGACCACAUCGAGAGCCACACCUUUGCCACCAGUACCCUCACCCAGUUCUGCAUCCUCUUCAAGAGAACCUUCCUGUCCAUCCUCAGGGACACGGUCCUCACCCAUCUGCGGUUCAUGUCUCAUGUGCUUAUCGGCGUCCUCAUCGGCCUGCUCUACCUGCACAUCGGCGAUGACGCCGGAAAAGUCUUCAACAAUACCGGCUGCCUCUUCUUCUCCAUGCUCUUCCUCAUGUUUGCCGCCCUCAUGCCCACCGUCCUCACCUUCCCCCUGGAGAUGGCCGUCUUCAUGCGCGAACAUCUCAACUACUGGUACAGCCUCAAAGCGUAUUACCUGGCCAAGACCAUGGCUGAUGUUCCCUUCCAGGUAGUGUGUCCCAUCGCCUACUGUAGCAUCGUGUACUGGAUGACGAGCCAACCCCCCGAGGCUACCCGCUUCCUGCUCUUCUCCGCUCUGGCCACGGCCACCGCUCUCGUAGCCCAGUCCUUGGGGCUGCUCAUUGGCGCGGCCUCCAACUCCCUGCAGGUGGCCACCUUCGUGGGACCCGUCACGGCCAUCCCGGUCCUCCUCUUCUCCGGCUUCUUCGUCAGCUUCAAAACCAUCCCUACAUACCUGCAGUGGAGCUCCUACCUCUCCUACGUCAGGUAUGGCUUCGAGGGUGUGAUCCUGACCAUCUACGGGAUGGGGCGGGCGGACCUGUCCUGCCCGGUCAGCUUCUGCCCCUUCCAGCAGCCCAGCCGCAUCCUGCAGGAGUUGGACGUGGAGGACGCCCGGCUCUAUCUGGAUUUCCUCGUGCUGGGGGUCUUCUUCCUGGCCCUCCGGCUCCUGGCCUACCUGGUCCUGCGCUACCGUGUCAAAUCGGAGAGAUAGAGCUCUCCACCCCCGUCGCUGGAGACCCCCGCCCAGCCCCCUCAGCGCCACUCCCCGCUCCCCCAGCCCCUCGGGACUGUUUUAACCUCAGAGACUGCGGUUGCUGGAGUCACCGCUCCCACCACCACCCCCCGACAGAAAAACAAACAAAAAACUGUCUGCUCUCCCCCUCUCCCCAGACGCCUGGGUCAUCCGUAGGUUCCUGCCCUCUUCCAGACCGUGUUGCCCUCCUGUUUUUGUGCUGUUUGUGGCUCUCCCCUCCCUGCAUGCAAGGGAUCCUGGGGGGGGGGAGGAGGGGGAGAGGCUGGGGUUAGCCCCUUCCCCUCCCCUGCUGCUACACCUGCUCCGAACCCUACCCGACAGGGACUGCCGAUUCCUUCCCCUUCCCCAGCCCCCAGCUCCUCUUCGAUCUGACCAAAGCGCCCCCCUUCCCGGGGCUCCCACCGCACAAGUGUUUGUAAACAGCCUUUCACCCUGCCCCCAGUACACCCCCCCCACGCACACCCCUCUCUGGGCUGCAAAGAGUUAGCCCCAAGACGGUUCUUUUGGGGCGAUCCCAUUAAAAUGUCGGAUGUGGGGAGGACGGGAAGACUCUGGAAGUCUCCGACUCUGGAACCUCCCUGUAUGCCAGGGUGAUGGAACAAUCCAAGGUGGGGAGCCCCGGUUGGCAGAAGCUCUGCCGUCUCUGCCUCGGUCUACCCAGACCUGGGACCCGGGAAGGGGGCCGGGGGUCAGAUCUCCCCUGACUUUCUUCCCCCCUUCUAGCCAGGGCUACACAGCAAUAAUGCUCCCCCUGCCGCCCCCGCCCCCAGCAACUCUGGAGAAUGCACUUUAACGGGGUCCGGGGUCGGAGGGGGGCGGGGAGGUUCAGGCUACCAGACCCCUGCCCCUCCCCAGCCUCGUCACUACACGUGCACACACACGCAGUCUCUGCCACGCACAGGCGUGCACACAAUCUUCCCCUGUGUUUCCCCCCCCCCCCCCCCGUCCUCUGCCCCAGUGCCAUGGGGCAGCAGGGGUAUUCUGAAGGCCGGGGGGUGCGGGGCAGCGGGGCUGGGGUGCCCGGGGUCGGGGGGGCACACAGGGCCCCGUCCAGUCCCGUGCCGCCUUCUCUCCCAGGGCUCUCGGUUGGGCGGAUCUCCAGGGGCUGUGGGCGCGGGCCUCCUCCUCGCCCUGCCAUUCAGGGCCGGGCCCAAGCACAGGUAGGAGUUGGGAGGAGUUGGAAUCGGCCACUUGCCCACCCCCCGGGCAGCCCUCCCCUUCUCUGGGCUGACCCCACUCCCCAGCCCCCCUUGACCGGCCUCUUCCCCUUCUCUGCCGCUUUGUCCGCGUCCCAACUGCCCCCUUCCCGCCCCAGAAAGGGACACGUUGACCCCGGGCCCGAAGAAGAGGCAGCCAGAGCUUGGCUGGCUUCUCUGGAGGGACCCAGGCUCUCUGCUGCUAACCUCUCCUCUCCCUCCUGGGGGCUGCGCCCUCUCCCCUCCUCCCCCUUCCUUCUUCCCCCCACCCCACCCCACCCGGCAAGCCUCCCGUGGGUUCAGAUGCACCAAGAUGCCAGUUGUACUUGUGGGAUUUCCCCCAUUAUUAAUAAAACCUAUUUAUACUGUA